AUGCCACAACUGCAUGUCAAGGUGGACGUGCCGGCGCUGCUGAACCACCUGAGGCGGCUGCUGGACGACCGCGGACACGCGGUGGUGUGCGUGGCUGAGGGGGCGGGCCAGCACCUGCUCUUCAAAGACGACGAGCCGCGGCCGCUGGACGACGCGGGCAACCCCGUCCUGCGUGACAUCGGGGCCCACCUCAAGGGCCUGUUCAAGGGUGGCGCCCUGGGGGAGGUUGACUGCAAAUACAUUGACCCUACGUACCUGGUAGAGGCGACGGCAUCUGGAUCUGCUGACCACGUCUUGGCAAAGACUCUCGGCCAACACGCCGCGGACGCCGCGUUCGCCGGCUUCACCGGUCAGCUUUGA